UCCCAACAGAAUGUCUACAUCGGGUGUGAAAUGCGUCACCACACCAUGCGUCACGUCGUGUCCGGAUGCAAAAGUGGUGAUACAUCCACCACCGAUGGUCCUCACUCUACCAGGACUGAGCCUCACCACAGCCCCUAACCAAUGUCUGGUGGAAACCCAGACAUCAUGUCUCACCAAUGGCUCCGAGCUGUGCGGUGAUGGAUCUUCCAAAGCAAUUGUCACUAAAUCCUCUGGUCUGCGUGCUGUUUCCGGUGGAGACACCCCGUGUUGUACGACCACCUGCCCUGACUCGCAAGUGGUGAUACAGCCACCUCCUGUUUGCAUUACAAUCCCAGGUGCAGUCCUCACUAGCUACCCCAAUGAAUGCCUCAUCCAGACCUCAAACCCCUGUGUCCCUAGCAGUUCCCAGCCACAUGCCAUCGCCCGCUCUACAUCAGUUUCUGACUGCUCCCUUACCCCACAGCGUAUGACUCGUUCUACCUCUGUCCCAUGCGGUCUCAAUAGCACACCGGCAUGUGUGACACAAGGUCCUGGUUCCAAAGUGGUGAUAUACCCACCACCGAUUGAGGUCACCAUCCCUGGCCCUAUUUUGGAAAUUGCUGCAGAGGAGUGCACAGUGGAGGUCUACAACCCGUGUGACACAGCCGGUGCCAUCACCAGUGGUGAAGAGCGAUGUGCCAUCACCAGUGGCGAAGAAGGGGAAGUCAAAGCCCUGACGGCACGUGCCUUGUCCUGCACUAAAGUGUGUGGGGUGUUGGGUGCUUCUUCUUCAUGCGUCUCCCAGGGACCAGAGAUGAAGAUUGUCAUCCAGCCCCCUCCAAUUGAAGUUGACCUUCCUGGACCAAUUCUCCAAGUCUUCCCAGAAGCAUGCAAAGUGGAAACACUUACCCCAUGUGCUCCUGAGCCACAGGCACUGUGCAGCAACAGUGAUCCAGCUACCUCAACAGCUCUUGCCACCAGGACCAGCUCGCUGUCCACCAUGAAACGUCCUCUGCCUGAUAUGAGAAGGCCUGCCCGCCCUUGGGCUGAGAUGUACAGCCGGUCCAUAACUCCAAGGAGCAUUUUGGCCAAGACUUCCAGAUUUUCCAAAUACCACCAUGGCUUCAGCACUUCAAGCUAUCAGUCAUCUUACUGAAUUCCUCCAUGCAUAUUGUGCAAGAGACAGCUGGAAUAAAGAGGUGGCCUUCGUGGCUUGGCUGAUGAAGAAGAGCUUUCAUCCCAAACACCUAUCAAAUAGAUGGACAAUAUUAUUUUCCCUUAAAUUCUUUGAAAGACAUAACUAAGAUGUGCUUUCUGUACUAUUGUGCCCAGUUAGGUCCCACAGGGACCUAAUUGUACACUGUUGAAAACCCUGCAUUCCAUUGAUUGCAGUGUUUACCUGCCCUUAAUUGUAUCCUUUGUGUUUGGUCUUGUUUCUCUUGACGGGGCAUUGCAAAUGAACAGAAGAAAUGGUGCCUUAUCGAGAGACCAGGGUGUGUCUCUGAAUACCAGUUACUGCAAUCAAAAGUCAGGAGAGUUGUUGUUUCACUUGUGGGUUUCGCAGAGGCAUCUACUUGGCCACUGUGACAACAGGAAACUGAACUAGGUGGGCCUUUGGCCUGAUCAACAGAGCUCUUCUUAUGUUCAGCUCUGCUUUAAUUUCAUUUUGCUAUUGUAGUGUAAAUGGACUCAUAAUCUAAUGUGAAAUCAAGAGGCCGGGAUCAGGUAUCAUCACUAACUACAGGUGAUGGGUGGUCUUCAACUAAUACUAUUACAUCAUUGCAAGGAUUUCUGCUUGUGCAAUGAGACUUGCCUUCCUCUGUUCUGCCCCCCAGAACCUGUUCCAGAGGAUUGGCAGAAGAACCCACUGGUCAGAUUUAGGGGAGGAAAGGGGCAGAACAUUCAAUUGCACAAGCAGAAAUCAUUGAGCUAGAAGUAACAUUCACACGGCACUGUGAUGGAUUCAACCCACGAAUCCCUAAGCAUCCUCACAAAAGAGGAGGUACUCUUCACCUCAACAGCAGUUACUUCUGAGUAAGCAACCACAGAGCCACAUGCUGCAUAAGAGGUUCAAUAGCCCAUGCAGUGGGAGGAAAUGGGGACUGGAAGAUUUAGCUCAUAGGUCACAUUGCAUUUUUAAAUGCUGAUAUAUUUAAAAUAAUGUUUAUCAUAAUUUAAAGAAAGCCUUGUUUUGAUCAUGUGUGAAAUGUGUUUUGUUUUUAAUUUAGGAAAAAAA